AUGGAUGAAAUACAAGGUCAAUUUUCUGAUAUUCCUAUAUUUUCGGAAUCCAACAAUAUAAAUUCGGAAAUUUAUGAUACAAUUUUAAAAGAAUACAACGGAGUUUCAAAAAAAGACUCAAUUUUAAGUGAAAUGCCAAAUGAUGAGGAAACUGAAAAUUCUCAAUAUUCCUACAGCAUUGAAAAGAGGGAAAAUGACGAAGAAAAUCAAAUUAUUGAAAAUGUGAAUUUAGACAAAGACGAAGAAGAAAUAAAUUUUGAGAAACUACAAACAGAAUAUCAAAGCAAUUACAAAAUAUUAGAUGAUGAAAAAUAUAAUGUAGAAAUAAAUAAAGAAUUGUGUAUAAGUGAAAAAAUUAAUCAAGAUAUUAAUCCCAGUUACCAGGCUAAUUGCCAUUAUGAAAAAAUGAAAGUGGAAAAAGAAAUAUAUAAUAAUAAUAAUAAUAAUAAUAAUUCAAAAUGUUCAAUGCUAAAAAAUAAUUCAUCAAAACAUUUUAAAAACGAGGUUCCGAAUACAUUUCAAGACACAUUUAUUAAAGAAAUGCUAAUAGAUAUAUAUAAAAACACAAUGGAACAUAAAAAAACAAAUUUCUUAUGUUUAGAAGAAAUAUUGAAAAAAUUAACAUUAAUUUUGAAGAGACAAAACGAAAUAAAUAAUUUCUGUAUCUCGAAUAAAUCCGACAGACAACUAUUGCUUCAAAAUAUGCGCGAAAUAAAAAAAAAAAUCGGAGACAAAGGAUUUAAUUCGCUAACUAACAAAGAUUUGGGUAUAUAUUAUAUAAAGAAUAUUAAGGAAAGUGAACCCAAAAUUAUAAAUAAUUUAUACAAAAAUAAAUGCCUAGAAUUAGAUCAUAAAAAUGAAAAAUAUAUGAACCAGAAUAAUAAAAACAUGAAAGAAAAGACUAACGAUAUUUAUUUAUUUUUAAUAUAUUUAAAUCAGUUAGAAAAAUAUUCCUGGAAAUUUAUUAAUUUUUGUAGAAAUGCUUCUUUUCAAAAAUAUGGUGAUCUAACCAACAUUGGGAAUUUACAAGAGAAAAAUAUACGCUCAUUUCUUUGCGAUCCAAAAUCAAUGAAGCUAACUAUAGAUCUCGAAAAAAUUGUAACAAAAAUAAAAAGAAAUUGUUCUUAA